AUGGCAGUGUCCCAGGGUCGGGCUGGGGCCUCGGGCUGGGCCUGGAGGCCAGUGGCGCGGGACCCGCUUCUGGCUCGCGCCUUCCAUUCUUGCACCGAACUGGGGGGACGGUUCUAUCUGGUAGGGGGUCUCAUAGCAGGAGGAGAGAGAGACCCUAGCAGUGAUGCUGUGGUCUUCGACCCGACUGGGGGCCAGGUGGUGCGACUGGGAGCCCCGGGCUGCCCCCCACGCAGCCACCACGACGCGGCAGCCGUGGGCCAGCGCUGGCUCUGCGUGGUGGGCGGCUGGGAUGGGUCGCGCCGCUUGGCCACAGUGGCCGCCCUAGACACGGAACGUGAAGUGUGGGAGGCGUGGACAGGGACCCCUAGCAACUGCCCCCCUGCUGGCCUCAGUAGUCACACCUGCACUCGCCUCUCGGACCGCGAACUUCGGGUGGCUGGCAGAGAGGGUAGUGUCCGCACUCAGCGACGCUAUGGAAGCAUCUACACGUUAAAGCUGGACCCCAGAGCCCGCACCUAUUGCUUCAAGGAAGAAGGCUGCCAUACAGUCUCACGCUCAGGUCACUGUGCUGCCCUCCUCCAAACUCCUGGGCCCCACCCAGGUCAUCAGCUAUUGCUCUUCGGGGGUUGCAACUCAGGUGAACCAGAAGUAGCUGGGCAAUGGAAUCAUGGAAAGAUUAAGGAGGAACAAUCUGCGGCCCCUCAUUUGAUGGAACAGCUUGCAAGGCUUGUAAGCAGUAGAGAGGGGUCCCGGCAAGGGCCCCAGGGACUUCGGCAUCACUCGUGUUCUGUGGUGGGGCCCUUUGCUGUGCUGUUUGGUGGAGAAACACUGACCAAAGCUAGAGACACCAUCUGCAAUGACCUCUACAUCUAUGAUACCCGCAAGUCUCCUCCUUUGUGGUUCCUUCCCUGUGCAGACCGUGGACUGAAACGUGUGGGCCAUCGAACCUGCCUUUGGAAUGAUCAACUUUACCUGUUUGGAGGUUUUGGUGAGGAUAGCAGGACUGCUAGCCCACAGGUUUGCAUACUGGACCUCUUUACCUAAAUAGUGCUGAAUUGCACCACCAAGCUUCUGUUUUGUUGCAAACCCAUAAAGUAUUAUGACCAGAGCUCUCAGUCUCACUUUAAAUGGUAAUUAAAUUUCACUUGGAAAGUCAACAUUUGUCUCUGAAUCUUUUUUUGCAAAGGCUGUAAAUAAGUAGACAUAGCUUUAUUUGCAAGAGAAAG